UCAUUAAAAAAAAAACGGACAGACACCACCGUUAUAAAUGCUGUGUGUAUCGUAGCGACUUCAGUGUGCGCGGUUCCCCCUUGUGAGUCGUACGAAAAGGCCCUACUUUACGUUUUCUAAAAGAUGCGUCUUACUGUUGCAGUCCUUUGGGCGGUCGCAGGGACGGCGUGGGCGCUGGAGAACAGCGAGAACGUCCUUUACGAUGAACAUUUUCCGCCACUUCAUCCUAAUUGUACUCAGAGUCUCACAGACCUUCUCUUGCUGCGCCAAGAAAUCCAACUGAAGGAACUGAAGCAGGCCGAGCAAGUGUCUGCAGGGAUCUUGAGGGAGAUGGCGGACAUCUUGACUGAUAUCAAAGGUUCCUUGACACGGAACACGUCUACAGGAGUAUCCUGUCCAGGCAACUUCAUAAACUUCGGGGAAACUUGUCUGUAUCUUGCUAAAGACGUCGGAUUAACUUGGGAAGCAGCUCUGGUAUUCUGCCAAGACCUGGGAGGAAAUUUGGCCGUGUUCCGAGACGCCAAUGCAUUCGCAGAUGCUCUUGGAUACGUUAAAGCCUCAGGCAUUGCAAAAACAGGGAAUGUCUGGGUGGGCGGAAACGACCAUUCGGUAGAGGGGGAGUGGAGGUGGGUGACCGGGGAGGACAUGCCGAGAGGAACGCCCUUUUGGGGAGACUAUAAUUACGUUCGUGAACCAGCUCAAGGGACAGCCGCAAACUGUGCUCUCCUCCAUGGCCCUGAUGACUUCUUGAUACACGAUGGACCCUGUGACUGGAAAGUUAUUCCUCUCUGCGAAAUCAGCGCUUCAAGAACGGGCUAGCGGCAAGCAGACAGGGGUAGGUUGCUGCUCGUUCACAACCACCGAGUUCAACAGCGCAAACCACCAGUCCGAGUCAUGGCAUCUCGUUAGGCGCCCACGUGUAAGGUCAUGCUAUAAAGGAGGGUAGAACAUGUAUUCGGUCGUUGUGUGUUUUAUCUGUAUUUAUGCUAUAAUUCAAGAAAUAUCUAGAUAUUCCUGAAUCUUUAUGUUCGCUCUCUGUAGUCACCUUCACUGUAUUAUGAGAAGCCACGUCCAAGGAGUUAAUAACAUAGGUUAAAUGUAAC